AUGGGCAGUUACUUUCUCAGACUAUUGUUAUCAGUGUUUGUUCUGCUUAUCAAAGUAUCCGUUCUUGGAUUGAACUCGCCAUCAGAGAGUUCUUAUGUGAAAUGCAAAGAGAGGGAGAAACAAGCACUCCUCAAUUUCAAACUAAGUGUGGAAGAUUACUAUGGCAUGCUGUUCACAUGGAGGGACGAUAACAGAGAUUGCUGCAAAUGGGAGGGUAUUGAAUGCAACAAUGAAACUGGUCACAUAGAGAAGCUUGAUCUUCGUGGUUCAACAUCGCAUUAUUUGUCAGGUUCAAUCAAUAUCACUUCAUUGGUUGACUUACAAAAUUUGGAAUAUUUGGAUCUCAGCUAUAAUAUUUGUCUCGGAUGUCAAAUUCCAGCAUCCAUCGGCUCCUUUCAGAGCUUAAGAUAUCUCAAUCUAUCACAGUUAAUUUUCAUAGGGACAAUUCCCUAUGAACUGGGAGAUCUAUCAAAGUUAGAGUGUCUUGAUCUUAAAAGUAAUGAUCUUCAUGGAGAAGUUCCUUCACAACUUGGAAAUCUGUCACAAUUGAAGUAUCUCGAUCUUUCAAACAAUCGACUUGCUCAUGCAAUUCCUUCUCAACUUGGAAGUCUAUCACAUUUGAGGUAUCUCGAUCUUUCUGGAAAUCAACUUUCUCAUUCAAUUCCUUCUGAACUUGGAAAUCUGUCACAUUUGAGGUAUCUCCACCUUUCUGGAAAUUCACUUUCCGGAGCACUCCCUUUCCAGGUUGGAAAUCUUCCUCUCUUGCAUUCUCUUAGACUUGAUGGACGUAACGGUCUUAAUUUAAAGGAUGAAAAGUGGCUAACUUCUCUCUCUUCAUUAACAACUCUCAGUCUCUAUUCAUUUUCUUAUCUUGACUUCUCUCAUCCCUGGCUUCAAAUUAUUAGUGACCAUCUUCCAAACUUACGAGAGUUGACUCUAGUCCGAUGUGGUCUUUCAGAUCAUCAUCUUUCAUCUUUGUUUCCUUCUCAAUCCAACAUUUCCACUUCACUUUCCAUCCUUUAUCUCUCUGAUAAUAUACUGACGUCAUCAACAUUUCAAUCGUUGUCCAACUAUAGCUCUAAUCUCCAAGAGCUUCAUCUUUCUGGUAAUAACAUUGUCUUGUCAUCUCCUCCCUAUCCAAACUUUCCUUCUCUUGUGCUCCUUGAUCUCUCUUCUAAUAAUCUAACUCAAGCAUCAAUAUUUCAAGGAAAUCUCAAUUUCAGCACCAAACUGCAGGUACUUAUGUUGUCUGAAUGCGGCCUCACUGAUAAAAGCUUUCUUGUAUCAUCUGCUUACAUUAAAAAUUCUCAUUCCCUUGUCACCCUUCAUCUCUCGAAUAAUCUAUUGAAAUCAUCCGUUGUAUUUCAUUGGCUUUGCAACUUCUCCGCCAAUAUUCAAUGCCUUUCCCUACAUUAUACAUUGUUAGAAGGUCCCAUUCCAGAUGCAGUUGGGAAUGUAAUGAAAUCUCUUGAAGUUCUCGGAAUUGGCUCCAACAAACUGAAAGGCGAUAUUCCAGCUUCCCUUGGGAGCAUAUGCACAUUGAAGACAUUAUACCUUAACAGUAACAGCCUGAGUGGGAAAAUUUCUAGCUUCAUUCAGAAUACCUCAAGGUGCAACAACCCUGCACUUGAGGUGUUAGAUUUAUCUAACAACUUAAUUAUUGGAGAAAUACCAGAAAGCAUUGGGUUGCUUCAUCAGUUGCAGUUUCUUUUUCUUGAGGAGAAUUAUUUGGAGGGUGAUAUCAAUGAAUUGCAUCUCACAAAUUUGUCCCAAUUGUUGAAACUAGACUUAUCAGACAACUCAUUGUCAUUAAAGUUUGCUACCACUUGGAUUCCACCCUUCCAAUUACUUAGUUUGGGACUAGCUUCAUGCAAGUUGGGUCCUAGCUUUCCAAGCUGGCUCCAGUCUCAAAAUCAGCUAAGCUUCCUUGAUAUUUCUGAUGCGGGGAUUCAUGACUUUGUACCAGAUUGGUUUUGGAACAAGUUACAGUUUAUAAGUAGGAUAAAUAUGUCCUAUAACCGUCUCAAAGGUGUGAUUCCGAAUCUAACAAUGAAGUAUGUCAACUAUGGUCCCGAGGCAAUAAUUCUAAAUUCAAAUCAAUUUGAAGGUGUAAUUCCUACGUUUUUGUCACACGCUGGCACGUUGGAUUUGUCAAGAAAUAAGUUUUCAGAUUUAAAUACAUUAUUGUGCAGAAAUAGAGUAAUAAAAGACAUGCAUACUUUGGAUUUAUCAAAUAAUCAAAUAAUGGGACAAAUGCCUGAGUGUUGGGAACAUCUAAGUUCAUUAGUCCAUAGGUACUCUUGUUAA